AUUAAGUAGAUUUAGAUAUUCAAUAUUUCCCAUACAGGGUGACGUCACUGUAAGUUGCUCUUAGAUUUCUUAAGGACAAUUGAAUAUCUAGGUGGUAUCCUUGUAUCAUUCGUUAUCGUCCAGCCCAACUUUCAUAAUAUAUCGUUGAUCUCUUGUUAGUAGGGUAUUGUGGUUCUAUUAUUCUUCACAAAUGUCGGAAGAGAAACAGUAUGCCGAAUCGCUUAGGUUGUGCCAGAUAUUUAAAUGUGAUAAUUUUGAUGGAUAUGGUUUUAAUUUGUAUGCUGAAAAAACAAAACCUGGUCAAUACAUUGGAAAAGUGGACGAAGGUUCACCCGCUGAAGCUGCUGGCUUGAAGGAAGGUGACAGAAUUAUAGAAGUAAACGCUGUCAAUAUUGCAAAUGAAAAUCACAAACAAGUUGUUCAGAGGAUCAAAGCUCUUCCUCAUGUUACUACUCUUCUAGUGAUAGAUGCUGCAGGAGAUGAGUAUUACCGCACUAAAAACAUUGUUUUGAAGAGUAGUUUACCGUUUGUUGUCCAUCUGCAAAAUUCACCUGAUCCCUCAAAAAUUGGAUUUAAUGAAAUGAAAAAUUCUGAAGAUACACAGUCACAAAAGUCAACAAAAAGUGCCCAAUCGUCUGAAAAUGAGAAUAUGCAAACUUCAUUGGACAAUUCACCUAGUGAAGAAAUUAAUCAAAAUGAUGACAUCAAUCCUAAUGAUCUUAACAACCAAAAUAACAGUUUGAAUUUAAAUAUGACAGCAAAAGAAUUGCGGGCCCAACUUGCUGCAAAAAAGAAGUAUGAUCCUAAGAAAGAUCAAACAAUUGAUUUCAAGAAAAAAUAUGAUAUAGUCCAAAAGUUAUGAUAAAAGUUUUUAUUUUAUAUUUUUGUUUUUUUCUUGUAAAUGUUACCACAUUCCUUGUACAAAUAUAAUUUUUUUUUUUUCUAAAACAUUUCACUUCUCUGUUCUUUUAUAUUACCAUUAUAAUUGUUUCGUAUUUUAAUUCUAAACAACAUGAAAAGGGAGAGGGAAAUUGAAACUAUAUUUUAUCAAUAAUUUUAUUAUUUAAGAAGUUAUUUAAUUAAAACAACUAUUAUAUGUUGAAUAAUUGUAAUAUAGAAUAUCUAAAUAAAUUAAAAUAGUGAUAGUUAUUAUUUUAAAAAAUUGUAUAUCAUAGAGAUCUGUUAACUUCUACAAAUUCAGGUAAUUAAAUGAAACUAAUGAUAUUAUUUAUAGUUUCUAAAAUUUAUGAAUUAUGAGCAAUGGUUGAUAAAUGAGGAAGGCUGUAUUUACACUGAAGAUAUACACAUAUAUAUUUAAGCUUAUGGCAUUUGUUAUAUUAUAUUUGUUUAUAAAUAAAUAUAUAUUUUAUUCUAUCUUUUAUUAAUUUAUGGAUGAUAAAAACCUUUUAAAUAUAAAAAAA